UCCAAACCGAUGCGUCCACACCAGAGGCGACUACCGGCGACUCUAGUCAGCCGUCGUGAUUUCUGCAGAGUCGCCGACAUGUUGCCGGAAGCCGUCGCACUCGUCCGCCGCUUCCUCUUCUUCCUCGCCGUGUUCCUUUUUUGCUUGCUCCUCUACAGAGACUCCGACGCCCUCCGCCUCCUCCACCACUUCUCUUCUUAUCCCGCCUCUUCCUUCACCGCCUUCUAUUCCCCGCCGGUCAGUGAGGAACGUGGGAUUGAGGAGGUUUUGAAGGAUGCUGCAAUGGAAGACGGGACGGUGAUCCUGACGACGUUAAAUGAAGCAUGGGCGGCUCCGAAUUCGAUCAUUGAUCUUUUCGUUGAGAGCUUUAGGAAUGGAGUUGGCACUCGUAGGCUCUUGAAUCAUUUAGUGAUCAUUGCCUUGGAUCAAAAGGCAUAUCGGCGUUGUUUGCAGAUACAUACUCAUUGCUUUGGUCUCCAUACUGAGGGAGUAGAUUUUCGUGAGGAGGCCUACUUCAUGACCCCCAACUACUUGAAGAUGAUGUGGGCGAGGAUUGAUUUUCUUCUCUCUGUUCUUGAGAUGGGAUUCAAUUUUGUUUUCACGGAUGCUGAUGUUAUGUGGUUUAGAGAUCCUUUUCCACGGUUUUAUUCCGAUGCAGAUUUUCAGAUUGCUUGUGAUCAUUUCUUAGGCAGCUCUGAUGAUUUGCAGAACAAACCUAAUGGAGGGUUCAACUAUGUGAAGUCCAAUAACAGGUCAAUAGAAUUCUACAAACAUUGGUAUUCUUCGCGUGAAACCUACCCUGGAUACCAUGAUCAGGAUGUUCUCAAUAUGAUCAAGUUUGAUCCAUCCACUCUCAGUAUUGGAUUGAGAAUGAAAUUCCUGGACACUGCUUACUUUGGUGGAUUUUGUGAACCUAGUAGAGAUUUGAAUCAAGUUUGCACGAUGCAUGCAAAUUGUUGUUUUGGUCUAGAUAGCAAGCUUCAUGACCUUAGAAUUAUGGUUCAAGACUGGAAAGAAUUUCUGUCCUUGCCACCAAGUUUGAAGAGAGAUUAUAUAUUCCCAUGGGCGGUUCCACAGAAUUGCAGCCUUGAUUCUCUCCGUCACUAUGAUGCACCCCAGAGUGACGAUCAACAUAAUGAGGAAGAAUGAAUUGAGCUGUAAAUAGGUUUUGAGGCUUUUCCUCACAUGUGGUUUCCAGUUUUGUAUCCCUGGACCUUCAUGUUUACGCAGGUCUUCAAUCAUCGGAAGAUAUGGAAGGUUGUUCAGAGAGUUGGUUUGGGACGAAAGAACAGAGAAUUGACCAUAAACCAUCUUUUGCUGUACGUGGGAAAUUUUACAGUGAGGACAUAGGAGCUGCAUAGUAUAUGGGAGGAAGAACCAUUUAGACUCAAGAGUCCAGACUAGCCCUUUAUA